UUACAUAUACUUCACACAAAAGAAAUAACCAUUCAGUACAUACUGCCUUGUCAUUGAUUUCUCUCUCUCUCUCUCUACAUCUCAAAAAUCUCUGUAAAAACAAUUUAAUCUCAAAACAAUAGAAACAACAUUCUCAACAAAACUCAGAAGUCUCCUCCUCAGUCCUAAAUACCCUUUUCUUUUUCCUCCCUACCCACAAUAGAAAGAUAUAGUCUUUGUGUGUUUGUCCGGAUUCAAGAAGACAAGAACUAGGGUUCAUAUCUCUGGAAAUCGACUGAAGAAUUUCUACAAGAAGAAGUUAAAGCUCUCUUCCAUGGAGUUGUUUCCUGCUCAGCCUGAUUUAUCCUUACAAAUAAGUCCUCCAAACAGCAAGCCGUCAUCGGCGUGGCAAAGAAGAAGACCAACAACAGAUCAAGAAGAUCAUGAGGAGCUCGAUUUAGGGUUUUGGAGAAGAGCUCUUGAUUCAAGAACAUCUUCUCUAGUAUCUAAUUCCAGCUCAAAACAAACCAAUGAUCAUCAUCAUCCUCCACUCGAGGCCCUCUCACUCUCUAACGACUCUCAUCAUCAUCACCAUCACCAUCAUCAACAACACCCACACCUUCUCCCUAAUUGCAACGGCUCUAACAUCUUCACCCCUUUCCAGUUUUCGACACAACAACAACAACACUUGCUUGCUCAUGACCUUAAUACUCACUUAAGACCGAUAAGAGGAAUCCCUCUAUACCAAAACCCUCUUCCACAUCAUCAUCACCGUCCUCCUCCGUGUUUCCCUUUCGAUCCGUCGUCACUAAUUCCCUCUUCUUCGCCCGCUCCCACCGGAGUCAACAGCAACAACAAUAGCUUUGUUAGCAGUAGAGUUAACCCUAAUUACCACAAUCAUCAACAUAAUCAUCAGACUCUAAACAGAGCGAGAUUGAUGCCGAGGUUCCCAGCUAAACGAAGCAUGAGAGCUCCUCGGAUGCGAUGGACAACCACUCUUCAUGCCCGUUUCGUUCACGCCGUUGAAUUGCUCGGUGGCCAUGAAAGAGCAACACCAAAAUCCGUUCUUGAGCUUAUGGAUGUCAAAGAUCUUACAUUGGCUCAUGUUAAAUCCCAUUUACAGAUGUACAGAACAGUGAAGACAACCGACAAAGCAGCAGCGUCGUCAGGACAAUCUGAUGUCUAUGAAAAUGGAUCCUCAGGAGAUAAUAACUCAGACGAUUGGAUGUUCGAUAUAAACAGAAAAUCUAGAGAUAGCGAUGGAUUGACGAAUCCAUUAGAGAAAUCAAAUGCUCUAUGGACCAAUUCUUCCGGAGAGGCACGUUUGCAUGGGAAGCUAAUCGAUAAUGUUGCAGAAAUUAUGCUACCUUCUGAGAAGGAAGUAGAUGAAAAGUGUUUAACUUAUGAGAGGAAAUCAUCGGAAGAGAUAAGCUCAUCAAACAUCUCUGAAACAAGCCCCUUCAAGCCGAAUCUUGAGUUUACUUUGGCUUGAUCUCACGCAAUGUAUUGUGGUAGCUAAUUAGUAAUUAUUUAGUAUUAAUCUACUUCUGUUUUUUCUAAUGACUAGUCUCUCGAUAUUCAUAUUAAUUGAAUAAGUUUUGUUUUAAGCUUAAAUCUUAAUGUCCUCUCGGAAGGUUGUAAAACGCUGUUUCUUUUUCCUUCUCAACUGAGAAGAGCUAGUCAAAGAAUCGGAUACUAAAGGGA